UCCGCACUGUUCCGCACGCACGUCAUUGGCUCGCUUCACUCUCACGUUGGCUCAAGUGAUGCGAUUUCAUUGAAUUAUUCGUUCAGUUCGAAGUUCCCCGUUCCGUCUCUGUGUAAUGAUGUAUUUCGUUUGUAUUUUAUUAUAAUAACACAAAAUUGUGAAGGAGAAGAUAGUUUCAACAAAAGUGUUAUAGAGAGGAUUGGUUUUAAGUUACAAUAUCUUUGUGGUUUUAUCGGUGCAACCAUGGAGCCCUGCGGAGAUGAUGAAAAUAACUUUUCUGAUGUUAUCGAUAAUCUAAUGAACAUGUUCGGCAAUGUGAUGAGUAAAGAUGUAAUUUCAGCUGUUGUUGAGAGCUGCGAGGGUGAUUUGAACCUAUCUGUGGAUGCGAUCAUGAAUAUGACAAAUGAUGGCAAUAUAAUUUGUGAAGAAGAACAGCCAUCAUCUACCGAAAUGCUACCAGCGCACACAGUAUCUCUAUUGAAUCCAAUAGUAACGCAACCACAAUCACAACCCGCAAAUCCCAUUCAACCUUCAGUUUCAUAUGCGGCUUCAGCUUCACAACCUGCCCAGGCCACUGGUGCUAUACCAAAAAUCGUUCAAAAACCAGUCCAACAUAAUGAUAGCCUCUGGACAAAUCAAAUCAAGGAAAUUCUAGUUCAUCACAAUCAAGGCAACAGAAUAUUGAUUCUGAUGAGAGGUGUGCCUGGUAGUGGAAAGUCACAUUUGGCCCGACAAAUCAUAAAUAUGAUGUUUGGACCAAGUCCAAACCACUAUAAAACAUACAUUUUGUCUACUGAUGACUAUUUUAUGGUCAGAGGACAAUACCAGUAUGAUAAAUACAGACUCUCCGAGGCACACUCAUGGAAUCAUAACAGAGCUAAAAGUGCAUUGAGAAGUGGAUUAAGCCCAGUCAUCAUUGACAAUACCAAUGUUGAAUUAUGGGAAAUGGAGCCUUACUUAAGAGAAGGUGUGUCGAACGGGUACAUAAUUGAAGUUGUAGAGCCUAACACGCCAUGGGCUAAGAAAGCCCAUCAGCUUGUUAAAAGAAAUAUGCACAAUGUGCCUUUGGUGAACAUUAAACGCAUGCUAGAAAACUACCGCGAUGGUUUGACUGGAGAUAUUUUAAGAAAGUCGUAUGGACUGUCUUAUCCUGCCGGCAUGAAUCCUCCCGUAAAAAGGUUGAUACCUCCAAUUCCGAAAGAAGAGUCACCUCCGCCUAAACCAAAUGCUCGUGUACAAGAUAGACCUACACGAGCGACUACCACUAACAUAGUGGCGAAUACUGAUUUAUUUCGCUCCUCCCCGUCAACAAUAAACGUUCAGACACAGCAACCGAGAACCGACAAUAGUCCAGAAAAGCAUGAUGACAAUACUCCAUGUCUAAAGCCACUUGUGGAUGUCAAGGAACCAAAAAGUGAUGCUGUUGAAAUUGAACAUGAAGAUGAUUUAUCAAAUGAGGAACAGAAAAAAAUAAAAUUAUACAUGGAAGCACAGAAAAAACUGGAAGAAAUAGAAAAAGUGGAAAAAGAAUGGGAGAAUGGUGAUAAUUGGGAUACUGACGAUCAAGGUGCGGCUUCUGCAGCUCCACUGAAAAGGUCUACAAACGCAGCUGUUACUUCUGAACCAAAAUUGAGCACUACUAUUACCACUUCAGUGACCCAGGCUAAGCCACAAAGAAAGCUUAACUCGUCACCCCCUGUAACACCAUCAUUUGACUCAGCGGAAUCUUUGAUGCAGAACGUAACUGAUUGUCAAGACUGGAGUAAAAUAUCAAUGUUUAUGCCUCCAUGGGCUGAUGCAUCCGAACAGUCUAGUUCAAAUGCAAACCAAAAAGUUCCAGUUGAAACAAUGUCUAGCAGCACAUGUAUGGAAAUUGGAGACACAAAUGUUAACAGCUCAUUCAAAGUUAUUUCUGCUACGCCUCGUAAUAUUAAUCUAUUUCAUAUUUCAUUCGAUCGUGAAAAGAUCCCACAGAAAAGGAUGCUCGAUAAAAGCAGCAUGACUAAUGAAGGUUUCAUCACAAAUGCUUAUAGGUGUCCUCAUGAAGAAAAACAUUUCAUAGCUUUUAGAAAGCUAUUCAAGAACAUUGCACGUUCGGAUCUACGGGAUAUUUUCGAUAAAUGUUGCGGUGAUGUUAAUUGGAGUGUAGAAAUUGUGCUUGAUGGAAUGAACAAUAAUCAGUUUAAAACUGUUGAAGAAGAAGAGCAAUCAGAUCCAGAAGAAGAAAGUUUUGAGCAAUGUUCGUGUUUGGCUAAUUACAGUAUUAUACCUGAUUUGUCCACACCAGACGAACUAAAAAGUGAACCAAUAGAAGAUAAAGUUCCUGUUUCAACGAACGUGUCUCAAUCACAGAAAAAGAAACGUGAAGUCGCAAUGUCGGACGAAACUAUUCAAAUAAAACGACAAAUUGAACAGAAUGUAGUGAUUGCUGACAAUCAUUAUUCGAAACAUUGCCUCAAGAUACGCAGAUUCCGUCGUGGAGAGCCAGAUGUUGACGACGCUGAAGCUGGACCUUCGGGCAUGUCAGCUGGCGCCUCAGACUUUACAUUAAAAAAUGACCUUAGCUUAGACAUAAGUGAUGACGAGGAUGUCUCUAGUGUUAGCGAUAAUGACGAAGACGUAAUAGUUAAUGUUGAUUUGGGGAGCGCUUUAAUAGCUGAGUUAGACGAGAGGUUUGGCAGGAAAGACAUGCAAUACCCAGACUAUAUUGUGCCUAGGGUUAGCAUCCCGCUAUCAUUAUUGAAUGAAAUCAAUGCGUUAUGGAUGGAAUCAUUGACGUUUCAGCUCGACGAGCACGCCAAUCGUGCCGCGGCUAUGAUGCAACAAGACGAAGAGUUCGCGAGACAAAUCGCAAUGAAGGAGGCCGAAUUGUCUCUCGCGGGCAAAGAGCCGGAGGUUCCAGACUUCAAAGAGAUUAUGGACAUGGAUAUGGCACUUGCCAUUUACCAGAAAGACGUAGCAGAAUGGCGUAAUAAUAUGCCAACAGACUUGGCCGCCAAGAUGACAAGGGACAAGCUUUACAAUUUGUUCCCUGAUGUUGAUAAAGAUACCCUUACGGAGUUGCUGAUGGCUCAUGAUAAUAAUUUCAAUGCUACUGUUGAGUCCCUGCUUAUGUCCACCGGUCGCAAUGAUGUACUGGAACAAGAAAAUGGAGUCAACAAAUUCGUUGUAAACGAAGAAAUGAAAGUCAAGGACAAGAUACUUCAAGAGCAAAAGAAGGACGAAAUUGAUUUCUUGCAGGAACUAUCGGAGGCAGAAUGGCCAUUGCUGCAGAAGGACCAGAAAGUGGAUAUGGCGACCAUAGACGCUUAUCGCGAAGAGGCCGACAAUCAUCUGGCUCGACGGAAUCUAAACUACCAGAAAGCUCAAGAUUGCAUUCGUCGCGGUAUGACUCAAGUUGCCAACUACUAUUCGGAGCUAGCUAACUUUCACAAGCAGAAAUAUGAAUAUGCCAAUGGUUUGGCUGUUGCUGCCCUCAUGCAAUACCAUGCAACGAAUAAUCCUGACUCCACUACCAUUGACCUACAUUUCUUGCGCGUGAAAGAAGCCAAGGAGUCGUUGGAUGUUUUCAUCGACACUCAUAUAUCGAAGCUUCGAGAAGAAGGCAAUCGUCGCAAUCAGGUGCUAUUCUUCAUCACCGGCCGAGGAAGCCACAGCCAGGGGCGAGCUCGUAUCAAACCAGCUACAAUACGCCGCUUAAAGGAACGCGGUCUUGGGUAUUCGCUAAAGAAUCCCGGCUUACUCGCUGCUAAAGUGAGCUCUGACACGAAGCUAACUUACCAGGUAUCAGUUCCCUAGGGAACGGGGAACCAAGACAGUGACACGUUUUUCUUUAGAAGACCGUGUCGUGUCUUGUUAGUCUUCAAUGGCGCUUUCAUGUUAAUCCGAGGGAAGGAAUGCCCUGUAUUUUACCCCGUUUUAGUCACAUACGGAUCAGCCGUCUUCUACUUUCGUGGCUACACCAACUCUUGGGUCACCGUAGAACAUAUCUUUUGGCCGGAACCCGACGAUUUCGAAGUCCUAAGAAAUAUGGGCGAUGCCACAUUUAUAUAUGAUUGCCCGAGUUUUUUUGCUAAUUUAGAUACAACUGGCAUAUAUCGUUAUGAACAAGUUAUAUACUAUCCUGUUUUGCCCGGGUUCCCUGUAAUGUCUCCGCUGCCAAUAGCGUGGGCUUAUUAAUUCUUUGUGUGAUUCCUUAGGAAUUUUGUGGCGGUCAAUACGCGCCAUUUUUUUUGAAUCAGUAGUGUUAGUUACUUGUAGAAGGUUUUUGAUUGCUGUCUAUAUGAUACAAAUGUUAUUUGAUGUUUUAGUAGUUGCGAACUAUCACCAUACUACAUGGAUAAAAACAGUUUAGGCUUUAGACUUUAUGGCAAUAUAUCUCAAUUUGAUAAGCAAGCGAGUCCGCAAAAUUUACCAUUAUAUCAUAACGUACCUUAGUCUAAGUUGUAAAUGUUUGCUCAAAAAUAAGUUUUAGUUUUUAUUAUCACAUAAGUAUUACCAAAAAUAUUAAAACCAAUACGUAACCUGUUAAUUUUUCUACCGGAAUUGUAUACGGACCAAUUUUGAUCACUUCUACAAUUUGAGAAAUUAGAUUUUGCACGAUGUAGGUACCUGUAUAUUAGUAAAACUGAACAAUAUGACGCCCUGUUAUCACGCUUUUUAGUAUCAGUAAAGCACGUUUAAAACGCAAAUACCUAUUUGGAUGUGUUAAUUUGCACUUUGCUUGUAAGAAUGCUCCUAUAAAAUAUCGGCUUUUCGUCCUCAUAGUUAUGAUAUAUUCAGUACUUAUAAUUUGCUAAGCGAUAGUGAACGCUUUAGCGAUUUUGCAUAGCAAAAAUCCCGCGUGAUUUAUUAUGCCUAUAUGAGCGAGCUUCAAACACCCGUUAUUUAAUAAUGUUAUCUACUAUAAGUUUAAUGUCUGUGAUCGUUACAGGGUGUAACUUUAAAAAAGUUUGUAUUACCCCUGAAGUUAAAAAACGAUGCCUGGUUUCGUUUAGCAAACCUCUAUAUCGUUUGUCUUUGUAUGAGCCGUCCGAUCAUAUUUAAUUAUUCUAUAUUCCCUCCCCAAAUCUACAAGUAAAAACAAAUCCUCUGGGUACCUAUUUAUUGAAAAUUCUAUCUAAUCUACAUCUAAAGAGCUACAUUAUUUCUCUAUGUAAAUAUACGGAAAACAAUUCAUCAGAUUAUUUACGUUUAUUUAUGACCUACAUUAUUAUAAUCUUAGAAGAUAUUAGUUGUGUAUUCAUUAUAGAUGUGUAUUUUUCUCAAAUAUUUCUGAUCUUGUGGACCACUUUCCAAUCUCCAUUCAUAUCGUACCUCAUUAAUUAUAUUCACGUACAAAACUUUUUUUUUAAGCUCAGAGUACAUAAUAUUCUUAUUCAGAUAGUUUUAUGCGCCUAAAGCGGUCUACAGACGAGUUGUAUUUCUUUUGUUGUGCUCUACUGAUGCAAAAUUUUGACUUUCGUCUGUAGAACACUUUAUAUUAAAAUUAAUAUUGUAACUUUAGUAUUCAAGUGAUUCGGACAAUUUUGCACGUUGAACCUUAUGUAGUGAGCUCAAUGGGCAUUUUUGUAUUUUGUAAGAAAAAAAAACUAAAAAGCAAUGACAAUUGUGCCAAAUGAGCACCAGAUAAUAAAAAUCGUAAAAUCUUGUAUUUUGAAAAUUCAGGGAAUUAAGAAAUAUUAGAUUGUGAUGAUGCCUUUAUCAAAAAGUACCUACAAAGGCUGAAAGUUUUUGAAUCUAAUCUUUCUUUUUGUUUCAAAAUAUGACUGAAAGUCUAUUUUAAUGAAAUUAUUGAAUUUGGCUUUUUGGCCGCACUCUCUAAAUUCUUACAACCAUUUUGAUAAUAUGAUGGACUAAACAGGCGUUUUUGAACAUUUAUUGACAGUUAUGAUCGUCGAAUUACUAUUUUGGCCGUUGGCAAUGCCAUUCAUUGAAACGAACAAACAUAUUUAAUGCGAGUAAAUGUACCUUUUUCACAUUUUGAUGUCUAUGCUUAUCACUAAGUAGGUAUUCCAUAUCGUAGGGCUUUUGGCCAUUAUUUGAAAUGUUGUCUUUGAUCGUCCAUUUAUGGACAUUAGGUUAUUUUAAAGUAGAAUUUUAGAUGUGUAAUUCAAGGAUUUACUGUAGGAUUAGAGAUAGUUGGACUUAUUCGCGCUUAUACGGUGCUGAUCGCAUUUCGUACGGAAAUGCCGUAUGAAAACAGUAAGUCUGUUUCUAUAUGAGGAUUCAUGCGAGUAAGUUCAGCCGAUUCCAUUCAAGAAUCGUAGAAUUGUAGUUCGAUUUUAAGGCAAGCGACCCACUUGGCAGGCUUUGCCAAAAGUCACACAUACAAUGUUGUACUGACUGUCAAGUGGUUCGGCUUGUCUCAGUAGUAUUUUUGAAUUCCCACCUCUUGUCGUUUGUGACAAAUUAGAUUUUUCUAUUUGUCAUUUUAUUAUAUGAAUGUGUAGAGCCCUUAGGGUGAAUUAGUUUAAGGUCUAUUGUAUUGCGUUUGGUCCGGACCUGAAUAGUAAUCUGAAUAAGAAUGUGACGCGGAAUGCAAUCGAGUUUAAGAGUUGUAAUUUGAUUAACGUUAAUUGGGCAUACCAAUGUCAGGUAAAUUAUUGUAUUCGGAUGGAAUUUUCAGGAAUUUGAUUUUAAGGAUUCGUAUCAAACGCAGUUCAUAUUCGCACAGUUACUAGGUCGGUUAAAAGGCUCAUAAUUAUCCUGGGUUUCGUAAUUAUAGAUUAAAAUAGUUUAUUACGAUUGUUUUGUACAAGUGCAGUUUUUAAUUAAUUGUUUCAUUCGCAGCUGGUCUCGUGAAAACAUGAAGAAGAGAAAGUGUUUUCUGUACUAGAUAUGCCAAAGACAGAAUGACAGUUUUGAUUGAAAUUGUUACUGUUAUCUCGUAGAUAUAAUGACGAGCAUAAGUACCAAGUCUUUUGCGCUAAUGUAUAAAAAAAUGUGAUAAGAAUCAUUGGGGUUGGUGCUUCGGAAUCGUGUGAUAAUUGUAGAAUGUUUUUUACAAGCGCUCAAGGGCUGCAUAGAAAAUCCUAAGAGAUUUGAAAAUUUAACGACAUUAUAAAUGUCAGCUUUAUCGCUUAAUUUGUACAUAAUGUGCCAUUAAGAUACGAUCGCUCGAGUAUAUUGCUGUUGCCAUAUAUUAUGUACUUCUGAUAAUAUAAAAUAAGACAUCGAAUCCUGAAAGUAAAACAACACUGGGUCAAUUAAAAAUGAAAAUAUAGGAACAUCUUUAGAUACGUAAGUUUUAUUUUUUAUACAUGUAAUGAAUAACAUACAACCUAUUAGAAAUAACGCGCACAAACUAACAUAACUUUUUAAUAUAAAUAAUGGCAAUAUACUCAUUGUGGUGGCAUUAAAUUUUGCUAACGCUACACUCAAUUUUAACGCUGUCAAUGAGAUUAAAAAUCGAUUUGAAAUCUUUGAUUGAUGCUUGAAAUUCGCCUAAUUAUAGGGUGCUAAUUAAAAAGUUCUGCCUUUUAUUUGCUAUUUAAUUUUUAUAACGAAAUUUAAUAUAAGCUGGGUACUCAUGUUAUUAGCGUGGUACCUAUUCGUUGAUAGGACUUACAGGGUCAUGUUUUCCUAUUUGUGAGAAGACAAUAAGACCCUAUUUGAAAGUUUUAUACUAGACUUGGAGAAUGUAGUGGUUCCGAAAGCAAACAAAACUUGCGUUACUAGAUAUUUAAAGACUAGAUCUCAAAGACAACAUAGUUUCAGUGUAAGUAAAUUUUUAAACGGUAUUUUUAUUUGGUUACGGUUAAUAUAACAUUUAUUGUUUUGUUUGUUAUAUACGAAAAUGAUAAAAUAUUGACUAGUUAUUUUUGUUAGAAGUUUUAGUUUUUGAAGCCAUUUUUUGAACAAGGACUAUUUGUAAUCUAUGUUAGUAUGUAAGUCACUCUUUACGUGUAUUUUGAUGUGAACUGUCUGUCAAUUAAAAGACAAAUAAAUCUGUUAUGUGUA